UGGGAGGCCUAAGGCCUGCGUUUUCUCCUGAGUAGACCUUGCCUGUGAUUGACACCAGGCUGUUGUGGUCUCAGCCCUGACUCUUGACAGGCGAUCAUGAAGCUUCAUGAAACCAUAAUGGAUAUGGAUAUGCCAGAUUAUAGUGUGUCGCUGGACUCUUCUUACACCAUGUUAGAGUUUGAGAACCUGCGGGUGCUACCCACAAACUCAGGACACAGAGACUCUGGCCUAGGCCCCCCAGAGGCCACAUCACCAGAAUCCAGCCAAGCCAACUUGCUGACUAAUGGAAUUAAUUCUCUCUGUUCCAUCUGUGGGGACCGUGCUACGGGCAAACACUAUGGUGCAUCCAGCUGUGACGGGUGCAAAGGAUUCUUCCGGAGGAGUGUCCGCAAGAACCACAUCUAUUCUUGCAGGUUUAACAGACAAUGUGUAAUUGACAAAGACAAGAGGAAUCAAUGCAGGUAUUGUCGAUUGAGGAAAUGUUUUAGAGCCGGAAUGAAGAAAGAAGCUGUACAGAAUGAACGAGAUCGGAUAAGUAUUCGCAGGAACAGCUACGAAGACAGCGGAUCCCUCUCAAUUGCCAUCCUGACUCAAGCAGAAGUGAUGGCAACCCAGCCCUCCUCCGUAAGCCCCACGAGUGGAACCAAUAUGGCCACAAAAAAGGUGGCCACCAUCAGUGACGUGUGUGAGUCCAUGAAGCAGCAGCUGUUGAUUCUGGUUGAAUGGGCCAAAUACAUCCCAGUGUUCUGGGAGCUCCCGCUAGAUGACCAGGUAGCAUUAUUAAGAGCCCACGCUGGAGAACACCUUCUUCUUGGAGUUGCCAAACGAUCUAUUCCCUACACGGAUUUCCUGCUUCUAGGAAAUGAUUUCAUUAUUCCUAUGCACUGCCCAGAACUGGAAAUUGCUCGAGUUGCUAUAAGAAUACUGGAAGAGUUGGUCAAGCCCUUGAGAGAAAUCCAAAUUGAUGACAACGAAUAUGCGUGUCUUAAAGCUAUUAUAUUCUUUGAUCCAGACUGCAAAGGCCUGAGCGACCCUGGAAAGGUGAAACGAAUGCGCUUCCAGGUGCAGGUGAACCUGGAGGACUACGUCACGGACCGGCAGUACGACUCGCGGGGCCGCUUCAGCGACCUCCUCCUCCUGCUGCCCCCGCUGCAGAGCAUCACCUGGCAGAUGAUAGAGCAGAUCCAGUUUGUGAAACUCUUCGGCAUGGCUCGCAUCGACAGCUUGCUGCAGGAAAUGCUCCUGGGAGGGAACACCACAGAGAUGCCCCAGUAUCAUUCUGGGAUGCCCAGCCUAAACCUGGAGCCAGACACAAGCCAUAUCCUUCCCAACACCCUCAGUUCAGUGAUCCAGGCUGCCCCUUCGGCAAGCCAGAGCUGCUCCUUUACAGAAGGUCAUGCAUCUCCAGACACAUCUGUCUCUUCUACAAGCCCUGGGAAAGAAGAUUAUAAAUUGGACCCUGCCAGAGGGACCUGAGAUGCCCAUUCAAAUACUGCCCCAGAUCAUCAUUCCUAAGCAAGAGAUUUUAUAAGCCACGAAAGGGAAGAGACUUAAGCCCCCUAGGAAGUCAGCUACAAGCCAGUCUCCUUACCUUUCCAGGUGUGAGCCCCCAUGACUGCCUCAGCUCCACAGCCCACUCAGAUUUCAGGGGCUGAGGAUUCCAAUGGUCACAUCCAGUUGGCUACCUGGUUAGUACCAGGAUUUUUGUUGGUCCCUGGAUUGGUUCCCCAGGGCCUCUUUCCCUCUUGAAAAUAUAAGAUGGCCAAACUUUGGAGACACUUUAAAGUAAAUGUCUCCAAAAGCUGUCCAGCAGAACUGAAAAGUCACUAUGGUCUAACUCUAUUUGGCAGGAUUGAAAUCUCCAGCUUCUAUUAGCAAAACACAAAGCAACAGGGAUCCAACUAAUUUAUGUCCCCAGCUUAAGAUGUUUUUAGACCUGGAGGCAGAACAUGAAGCCCAUACAUACACAGAGAACACACAUUGAGUGUAUUUUUAAAAAUAGCCCAUUUGCAAAUUGGGCAGAGGGGGUAUACUCAGGAAUCCACCUGCCAGUUUGAAGAAGGGCUCAGCUAUCUUUCAUCCAAUUCCUAGAAACAUCUGCUAAAGAUGCCUACUACGUGCAAGGUACUGCACUAAUCACUGGACUGAUUUUACAACAUAUGGGCUCUAACAUCCUUUCCCUGUUUCCUCCUUCCUGCCAGUCACACCUUACCCCAUCUUCUCAAAGUAUUUCAAUGCAACAUCUACAAAAGACCAUGCAAUUUCCCCGCCUCAACCACAUCACAUCAAUACCUUAAAACAGUUAGGAAUAAUUGGUUAUCGAUGGGGAAUUUUGGUUUGGUUCUGAUAAGACAAUAUGUCCAUUACAAAGGGAUGUAGUGCCAGUUGUGUGGCCAUAAAGGAGUCACUGAACCCCACUGGCCUCAUCUGUAAAAUGGGGGUAGUUGGCAGUUCCCACCUUGCCAGGUUGUGGUAAGGAUCAAUGGAGAUUAUGUAUGUAAAGGGACAAGUGUGAAGUGAAUAUCUGCUAUUAAUAUGAAGUCAUGAAACCUCUCUGCAUUUUAACCACCCCAUCCCUGCCUCCAUUCCCAGUUUCAGACCUCCUAAUCUCUCAGACUUCUGCUAAACCAGCUUUUCUCAGUGGCUGAGUACUUGAAUCAAGCUUCACGUCACAAAGACCCUUUUGCCUGACACAGAUGAAGUGUGACAAUAAUGAGACAGAGGUUCAAAUAGACAGAUGUUGAAUGUGCAAAUAUGUGUUAUCCCCAUCUAUGCGUGGGAAGCAACUGACAGAACUAAUUCUUGCUCAGGGCACUUCCUCUCAAAAUUACCUUUAGAGCCAAAAUCAUUCUUUUAUUCUCAGGGAUGACAAAUCUGUCCUAUGACAAUGGAUUUGAGUUUGGAAGCGGCAGAGUCAUUCUAGGUCAUAGCAGGGGACUGAAGCAGGGGACCAAAUUGGAUACAACCAUUUAGGUAAAAAAAUGAGGGGUGAUAUAUAAAAGGAAUGACUCUGGUGUCAGCUCUGCUUACUAAAGACUCAAAUCAAAAUAGACUGGCUCCUGAAGGUCACACAUAUUUGAAGCAAAGACAGAAUCUUCAGCACACAUAUAGCUUCCCAUGGUGACUGCCUUGAAGGGAAUAAUAUUAUCCCUUUGGAUAUGUAAAUUCUAAUCUGUUAAAAUAAAUCUGUCCCAUGACUUCAUCGUCACACCUUAUAUAUGAGCAAUAUAAUUAAUGCAGGUAUUUUCCACAUUAGUCAAGAGUUGUGAAAAUGUCUCAUUACUGAUGUCCUUUUUAUAGCUGUAUUUUUUUUAAAAAACUGAAUAUAAACAUGUACAUUUAGAUUUUCAAAAUAUACAACCAUAUAUAUUACAUACAUAUAUGUAUAUAUAUGUAUAUGUGUAUAUAUGUAUUCAAACACAUAUCACUAUAGGAACAGAAAAAAUAUCUGAUCAAUGUUCUCACAUGCGUAAAGCUGCAUAUCUGGAACCUCUUGACCAAUUUUCCACGUACAGUAUUAAUGCUCAAAAAUCUAGAAAGUCAAGUGAUAUUUCUGUUUGCUGAGGUUAGCCUACAGCAUGAAAAUGUCAUCAUUGCAAUGUGUGGCUUGUUUUCAUGGCCUUUUAAGAUUUUUAAAUCUUGCUUCUUCCAACUGGAAAGACAGAAAUCACAUCAAUAUUCAAAAUGCCUGGUGCCUUGAACUUCAUCAAGCCAGAAUAUGGCAGUAAAACUGAAGACACGCUAAUGUACCUCAGCUAAGCCUGGCAUGGCAAACACACCACCCUGUACCACCUGUGACACUAAAUGGUAGCCAAUGAAACCCAAAAUUUAACUGUUGAUUUUUGCAAAUCAUUACUUAACAAAUGGCCAGUGAUCACUGUCAUACCAGAAAAUGAAUUUGACUAUAAUCAUGCAAUGAUCAAAUCACAGUUUUCUCUUGAACUCGGGAGUCAUUUUUUCAGGCAUUAACUCAUGAAUCUUCAAUAUCUUGCAAGGCAAAGGAGUGAUUUUAGGUGGAGGACUUUUUUUCCAGACUGAUUUGGCAGAUCAGGAAAUGGAAACCAUGUCAAUAAUUCAAAAUCAUUUUUGUGCAUCUCACAAAUUACAUUGGUUCUACACAACCAUGACUAGAUAUCUGAGGGAAGGGGCAGAAAUCCUGAGCGCCACACUGCCGAGAAGGGCACAUUCCAUUUUCACUGACCCCAGACCUUACAGGUCCCCAAAUCCAGUGCAAUGGUAUAGGUAAUUCUCCCCAGUUGUAAUCAUACUGGUGAGGAAGAACCCAGAAGAGGUCUGUGACAGCAACAGAAUUCUCAGGAUGUCCUAGGACCAAUACUGUAUGUGUCCUAGGACACCUAACUGGAUGUGGGCUCACAGUGGCCCUCUGCUAGUUACAGCUCUGCUUACCAAACACUCAAAUCAAAAUAAUGAGAUGCAAUACAAGAGGAAAAUUAGUGAAGCCCAAGAAGUGUUCCGUUUUUACUAGAUCCCUUUCUUACCAGUGUGAUGUUGAAGCUAAUUCUUGUUCCCCCAAGGGUCUCUCAAAAACAAUAUUUACUGACUACUUUCUGGAAGGAGGUAGAUAGCUGCAUGUACAGGUAUCGUAGGCAUCAUUCUUGAAUUUACUUGUCUUUACAAUUUCUGGGUUUCUUUUUCCAAAUAAAACACAGGACCAUUAUA